GUAUAAAAAAUAAAGACUGGCAGAUUGGGCAUGACAUGUAUUGAUCACAGCUGUACACGUGUGAUCGAUAAAAGACGAUAGGGAUUUAAAUCACUGAAAGGUUCUGUAAUACCGGAGGUACAAAAUGUUCACAGGGGGGGAACGCUGUUUGAGGCAAAUGACAAACAUUUCGCUCACUGCAUGUAUUACUUAUUCUGGCUACUUUUUUUUGUCUCAUCGUGUGACUCGCUUUGUUAGACCAUCAACGUUAGUGAUGACACGGUAAGUACGUUAUACCACAGCAGGAGUAGGAUUCGAAGCAGGGAGCUUCAACUUGAAAGGCGACACAGCCCUAACCGCUACGCCCCCUGCUGCCUCGGUGUGUGGCUCUGAUGUACUGGCUGGCUACAUCGAAAUUCAAAUAGUUUUUUAUGCCAUAUAUUAUAUACGGCUAGCUCCACAAGGUUGAAACGAGGGUUUAGACUUACACGCGGACGCCUCUGGGGAGCGCUAUUGGAAGGCUGGAGCGCAAUCCCGAAAGUGCAUUAGGAGCCCAUGACGUCAGAGAUCUCACCUUUUGUGCUCGCACACGCAGAAGUUUGACAGUUCGUGUCGCGCACCACUUCAGGGCCGCCUCAGCUGGCGACGUUAAGAACACUUACUUAUAUCAAGUCGGAUAUUGUGAAUGGUCCUGACGUUUUAUCGCUUAGUUUCCCCCCUCCCCAGCUGUCGUAAGGAUAGGAGCACAUUUCGGUAGUGGAAAUUAACAGGAUCCAGCGAUGUCGAGAGAUCCCGAAGAAGUGAACAAGCUCACCGAGAGCACUUACAAGAAUGUCAUGGAGCAGUUCAACCCGGGGCUGCGGAACCUGAUUAACCUGGGCAAGAGUUACGAGAAGUCCGUGUCAGCGAUGACCCUUGCUGGGAAGGUGUACUUUGAUGCAGUUUCAAAGAUAGGGGAAAAUGCUGCAGUGUCACCAGUCUCCAGGGAACUAGGUGUGGUGCUGGCAGAGAUUUCGGAGGUGCACAAGAAAAUUUUCUUUGAGCUGGAGGAGAAUUUCAAAAGAUUUCACAAGGAGAUCAUAGCUGAACUGGAGCGCAAGACAGACAUGGACGUGAAGUACAUGACUGCCACAUUCAAGCGGUACCAGACGGAACACAAACUGAAACAGGACUCACUAGAGCGAUCCCAGUCUGACCUGAAGAAACUGAGGAGGAAAAGUCAAGGCAAGAAUGUCACCAAAUAUGAGGCCAAGGAAAAUGAGUGCCUUGAGGCAGUCACCACCCGUCAGAUGGAAAUACAGAAGUUUGUUGCGGACGGCUGCAGGGAGGCACUUCUGGAGGAGAAGAGGAGGUUCUGCUUCCUUGUGGACAAGCACUGCAUCUUCUCCCAUCAGAUCAGCAUGUUCCAUGACAAGGCCAAAGACAUGCUUACCAUGCAGCUGCCCAACUGGCAGGACAAGUGCAGCGAUGCCACCAAGGUGCCUGACAGCGUGAUGUCCAUGAUAGAGGGCUUGCGCACACCCGUGUCCAUCACGCCUCAGCCUUCACCGCCCAUGGACCGCUACAGCAGGACGGACACGGUGAUCCCACCCCCUGCCCCACCACUGAAGGCCAACACCAGCCCUCUUGCCAACAUGUUCUCUCAAGAUGUUCCAAAGCCUAUUACAGUACAGCAGAUCUCAGAUCACAACAGUGGUGAAGAGGGCAGCCUACCUAGAUCUGUAUCCGUGUCCACAGGGCUUAACAUAGUCAAGAGGCCCAAGGUGCGAACAAUCUUCCCCCACACAGCUGAGAGCAAUGAUACACUGCUGAGCUUUGAUGAAGGAGACAUCAUCACACUCCUCAUCCCCGAGGAGAAGGAUGGAUGGCUGUAUGGGGAGCUGGAGAAAUCAAAGCAGCGUGGUUGGUUUCCAUCUUCUUAUUGCCGCCCUUAUUCGGAGCCAGUGGUCAAAAACAGCGUGGGGACACCAGCGCGUAGCUUGAGCGUGGCCAAUUUGGCAGAGCAGGAGCAGGCCGCCAUGGAUCUCCCGCCACCGGACUACAGCAACUCUCCCAUCAAGAGUUCUCCGUCCACACCUUCCCCGGAGAAUACGGUAUCCCAAUUAAACGGUAUUGCAAAGCCUCCUUUUCUUGGUGGAGGAAAUCCCUUUGCCACCGUGAAGCUGCGGCCCACAGUCACUAACGACAGAUCAGCUCCACUCAUCUAACACACAUCACAUGUGUGCAACCCAGACGCAUGUAAUCUUCAUCCAGCAUCCGUCUUCUCUAAGAAUCCUCAGCAUUACCCCGUUUCGCGUGUGGAAUCUGCAGACAAGAGGUGAGGUGCCGCUUAACUGGGAACGCCCGCGAAAAGGAUCGCACUGGAGGAUCUCUGGUACAGAUGCUGUGUUCAUCUCAAAUAUUUUAAGACUACUGAUGCCCACACUAGCGUUGAGAUGCAGACUAUUUAUGUGCUUUCAAAACAGAUUCAGAUUUAUUUUAAACAUUGUUUUGAAUGACUGUACACUAGUUGCCUUAAAAGUAAGUGUUCAAAGAUAUGCAUAUUUUGUGUUUUAAAUGGAAAAUUUUGGGUUAUUCAGUGAAAUAUCCUGCUAAACCCUUUUAAUUUGCCAUAGGAUUAUAGAUGAAAGUAUUGUAUGGAAUACAGGUUGGUCUGUUUUCAUUACUUAUUGUAUGUUAAAGAUGUUACUGUGAAGGUGCAGAUGUUUAAGGUGAGAAGUCUGUGCUUCACUAUUGCUGUUGUCACUAGUUAGACCUUCCAAGUAGGCUUACAGUAUCCAGGCACACAUUUGCUGUAAGAAUACAUAGGAUUAGUGUCUAAGUAUGCUUUACAUACAUUGUGCUUCAUGAGGAAAAGGUAGCAUAGGCAUUGUAACUCAGAUACAUAUACUUUGAGCAUAACCCCAAUUUCUGUUGAUAGUACAAUAUGUGAAUUUCACCUUGAUACUGAAUUUUGAGAUGUCAUUUUGACUGUUGGAGAUUUAAUUAUGUAGUGCAUUUUAAACAUUAAGCAUGUGUGGGGAUUGCCUUAACUACAUUUUUUUUCCCUUCAGCAAACUCUUUACUAAACUUCAGUAAUCAGAUUUUGGAACAUGGAAUACAAUUCUGCACAAAUGCUAGGUACCCUUGUUUUAGUGAAUUUUUUUUUUCUUGCACAACUUUGAGUUUAUGAACUUAGUUGUUGCUCAUUGCUUUUCUGGGAAUUUGGAAAUAUGUUACUCAACUGCAUUUUUUUUCUACACCUUUUCUUACAGCUACCACCCCUCUUUGCAAUAUUCUUUGUCU